AAACAUCAAGCUGGACGUAGCAAGGAAAAGUGAAAACUGUGAGCUACUUGACAGUUCAGACAUCUCGUUCAAGACUGCUGUAGACAUUAAUAUGGGAACAAAUCGACUACUUUUCUAAAACCAAAUAGCCUCAGACCUGAAUAUGGAUUCUGAUUGAAGGAGUGUUUCAGCUUGAAAUUGGCAAUGGCUUCUCACCGAACACAGCUGAGAAGGCAGAUAUCGCAGGCGAGCAAUGAUUCCAGCUCAGCUCGCUUGUGCAGAAGACGUCCUAACACUUGCUGUUUCUGCUGCCUAACAGUCAGAAACGAGGAUAGACAUGAUUGCAGCAAAACACCAUCUAUAAUUUCCCAGAUGGAAAGUCUUCAGAACCAUGAAGAAAGUGGGAUUCUGAGCCAGGAAGAGGUCACUGCUUGGUCUCAGUCAUUUGAACAGCUCUUGAAGAAUCCAACCGGAAGGAAGAUUUUAAUGGAAUUCUUACAGAGUGAACACAGCGAUGAAAACAUUCUCUUCUGGCUUGCUUGUGAGAAACUUAAGCAGGAAGAUGACAAAGCUACUAUUACAGAAAUGGCAAAAUCAAUAUACCUGGACUAUAUCUCAAUUCUGUCUCCAAAGGAGGUCAGCAUCGAUGCGAGUGUACGCGAAACAAUCAACAAAAACAUGGUGAUGCCAACAGCAGAUAUGUUUGAUGAAGCACAAAUGCAGAUAUAUGCACUGAUGCACAGGGACUCCUACCCCAGGUUCUUGAAUUCGCCAAUGUACAAAUCACUUUUACAAAAUGCGACUGCCUCAGGCAAUGCCCUGGACUCUAAACUGUGACAGUCGUUCAAGCAUUGUGCACAAGACCAAAAACAGAGUUGAUGUGAAGGUCAAUGAAGAAUCAAACUCUCAGGCCUCCUACGGCAAUCCUUAUCACACUUCUUGAUGCAAAAUGGGACCAUCAACUUCUCACCAAAAUGACCACCACUUGCCUUACUGAUAUAAAGAAGACAAACAAAGUGCUGUAUCCCAUGAAGCGUCCAAAACCAUCUAUAACUUAUAGGUCUACAAAUACCAGGACAUAAAAAGAUUGGAAGGCUUCACCAACUCAUUGAUUCUAUUAAAAUUUCUACUGGGCUUUGGCAAUUCCACAAUAUGUAGGUCUAAUCUGACAUAAGCAAGAUUCAGUCUUGGUGAAAGGUAUGAUCCUACAGGAUAAUCCAUCUUUUUCACAGCCCGGUUCACUUGUUGUGCUAUGCAUUCUUUGAUUUCAGUUUUCUCCUUUCCACAGCUUUACAUUUCAUCUCAUAUGUCUUAAUAUAAAGACCAUAUUAAUAAAUGCUAACAUGUGGAAAGUUUCAUAUUUCUGGUGGCUAAAUCUCAAUAACCCAUUUUGUCGAAAUGGCGAAGGAUGAGUCAUUGUAAAAGUUGUUUUAGAGAUAAUUGGCCAUUUUACUUCAUCCUGUCGACUUGCUUUGUUGUUGAGGCAAUUUUGAGAUAUUGGGUAGAGUCAAUUCUGUGGAUCUAUUGUCACAUGUAGGCCACAUCAGGUGAGGAUAGCAGAUUUCCUUCCCUAAAGAGCAUAAUAAAACUCAUCUGGUUCAAUGAAGUUGACAACGGUUUCAAGGUUAUCAUUACUGAGACUAGCUUUCAAUUCCAGAUUGUUUUUAAUUGAUUUAAAUUCACACCAGCUGCCUCAGUGGGAUUUGAACCUGUGUCCCUAGUGUGGGCCUCUGAAUCACUAAUCCUAUGAUAUUACUACUCUGCCACCAUCUCCCCAUUAAAUAUUAACUUAAUUAGUAUGACUGGGUACAAUUAGAGUCCUAGUCAAGAGAGUGAAGCAUUUGAUUCAACCCUGAAGUUUCCCAGCACAGUACAGAAGUAUUGCAAAAGGUGUUAAAUCAAGGCCACAUCAAAUCCUCUCAGAAGUGCUAUUCUGAAGAGGGGCCAGUACUUAACCCCAGUCAAAUUUCAAAAACAAAUCUUCUGUACAAAUCUGCUGUUUCAUAUUUGCUGCUACAUUUCUCACAUUACAACACUGACUGUACUUCAAGAACAUCUCAUUGGCUAGAAAAUCUUGUGAGACAGCCUGAGGUCACAAAGGUCUCAACGUAAGUGGAGAUUCUUUUAUAUCAGGCUGUUCUGUAUUCACUUGGAGGAAACUAGCAUUGCAUAAUUUGAAGGAUAAGCUUUGUUCACGCAUUUGGAAUAGAGUAUUUCAGCAUGAACUGUGCCCAAUGAACUCUUAAGUGUAACUACACCAUGGGCCUAAGCUCUCAGCCAUUACAAAAUGAUCAGAUCUUUCUAAUUCUGCCAGUUGGCUUGCAUCCAAUAUUAACCUACAUCAGUUGGUUUAUGAUAGGUCGGCUUUGCUCAACAUUAACCUUCAGAGUUAUAAGGUCAUAGGUCCACCUCACCCUGCAAUGUAUCUGGGCUGACAAUCCAGUGCUGCUCAAGAAAGCAUUGCAUUGUUCAAAUGUUGGUAUGGUGAUUGAGAUGUUUAAACCAAAGCCUGUUUGUAUUGGCUUUAGCCAAUAUUUAAAUUCCCAUAUUGGGAAAUAAAGAAGGGAAAGGAAUCCUUCCAAACUCUGGACUGAGAUUUGUUCUUUUGGUGCCAACUACAACCAACAUCUCAUAUUUUCAAAUCCCUCCAUGGCUUCACUACCGCUUAUCACUUUAACC